AUGGCAUAUAUGUCAGCAACAGGGCUCCAGGGUUCCUUGAAGAGAAAAUUGGUGGUCAAUCUGACACCAGGAAAUAAUAAGAGAUCGAAUGGCAUUGCUGACAACACUUUCCUGGACAUUAAGAGAAUCCGAGGUGGGGAUAACAACCUUUCCAUGGGACGUGGUCAGUGUGGCAACAGUUGCCCAAACCCAUCAGUGUUGGGAUCAUUCUCCGUUGGCCAAGGUGCUCCGAGGAAAAUGGACAACUCAACCAGCAACAGUCAUGCUGGUGCAAACGGGAUGUUCAACAUGACUCUAAAAGAGGUCAAAAAGGAACCUGGGGAGACCAUCUCUUGUAGCAAACAUAUGGAUGGUCAGACGUCCCAGAACAGUGUUUAUCCUAACCAAUAUGGGGAAGACACAGGGGAACAGUUGAUGGACCCAGAACUUCAGGAGCUAUUCAACGAACUGAGUAAUAUUUCUGUGCCCCCCAUGAGCGACCUUGAGUUAGAGAACAUGAUAAAUGCCACCAUCAAGCAAGACGAGCCGUUCAACAUUGACAUCGGUCAGCAGAUCCAGAGAGGGCCUCCUGCCCCAUCAUCUUCCCUGCAGGUGGACAAAAUGGUGAUCAAGCAAGAGUAUUCACCGGGGUUGAGCCAAGCUUCAGUGGGAUCCCCUCAGAUGAGGCCUCCUUCUACAGACUCGGCUUACACCAUGCCUGGUGCUGCUAUGUCCACCUCGUCUCCCAUUCCUUCAGUACCUCAGACUCAGACGCCUCCUUCUCAAGGGACGUCAGUCCCCACUCGGCCGCUGGCCAACUGGCAGGAGGUUUCCCAUGCCCAACAGUUAAAACAAAUAGCAGCCAACAGGCAACAGCAUGCCCUGAUUCAGCAGUGCCAACAAAGUCAAUCCGCCACAUCCUGGCCUGGUUUGUCAUCUACGGAACCAUCUUCUGGAUCCUUUGUGCAGGAGAAGAUGUCUAGUCCGUCCUUUCACCAGCAGCAGCAACAGUUCAGCCCACAAAAUUCCGCAAUGUCCAGCAUCCCAGUCAAUGGGACUCCAUCCAAAGGCAUGAACAGUUACUCCUACCGGCCCAACUCCAUGCCCCAGGGAAGUUCCGUCAACAUGGCAAUGCCCCGAAAGCCUCAAGACAUCCCCAGAAAUUACGUCGGCAACAAUCAGGUGUCGCUGGAGGAAUCUCAGAACAGCAUCAAGCCUUUGUUUCAUUUCACCUCGGAGCAAGCCAACAAGCAGAUCUCUUCUGGCUUGGGAGCUCCAAAUAAACCUUCUCUUCUCCACUACGCACAGCAGCCUCCCCAACAGUUGUCUAACUCAGCGGUUCAGCCACAGACUUCGCAGCAGCAGCAGCCGCAUUCUGGCCAACCUCAGCAUCUCCAAAGGCCCCCCAACGUACCCUUGGCUUUACAGCAAAAGAUCCUGCUCCAGAAAAUGCUGCAGAACCAACCCGGUGCAGCGCUGCAGUUCCUGGGCCCACAGAAUCAGAUGAAUCAACAUACCGUCUUGAAUCAAAGUGGAGGCACCAACCCAGGAUCUUCCUCAUGCCCUAAUGCAAACACUGGAACUAACUACAUCAACUCAUCACCGCAAGCAUUGCUGAACCAGCAGCUGAAACAACAGUUCCUCCUUCAGCAGCAGCAGCAGCAGCAAAUACUAACAGAAGCAGAGAAAGCAACCCCUCAAGAUCAACUGAAUAGACACCUUACAAGACCACCACCAGAUUAUAAAGACCAAAGAAGGGGGCAGGUCAACGUGCAGCAAACACACCAAUAUCCCGGUGGAUCACCAGCUGUGAGCAUCAACUCCAACCUUUGUUUCUCCAGUCCCAUUUCCACUCCUAACAUUUUGCCGCAGCAACCCAAUCUCUUGUCCACGACUCACGGAACCAGAAUGUCUUCUCUCCCAGCAGGCCACCAUGUUAGCUGCUACAUUCCCUGCAGCCAAGCAAACGCUUAUAAUGUGGCCCCGUCAGGAGUAAGCCAGGUUGCCCAGCAUAGAAAUCUAAACCCAAUUGUUACCGGUCAAAACAAUCCCACGGCGUCUCGGCCAGCACCACCUGGGCAAGGCAACAACAUGCCAACCUUUGACAAUGGCUUGGGAGUUAACUCCCAGCAAGGGAAGCUCAGCUUAAACCAGGGGACUUCGACACAAAGGCCUUCAAACGUGAUGGUCAGUUCAAACGCUGCGGCUCAGAACUGGGUUUCUUCAGAAGCAGGAUCGAAGCAACAGGAAACACAGAGGGCUUCGGGGUCCCCAUUCUCCUCCGGAAGCUCCUACACCAACCAGCCACUACAGCGCACGAAUGCCCUUCAGCAGUUUCCUCAACGGGCCAUGGUGCCACCUAACCAGCUGGGCGCCCUCCAGAUGAGAACCCCCACGAGCCAAAUGAACCCAAGUCUAAAUGGACAAGGGGGUGGGCCACCCAAACCCCAGAGCGCAAUGCCUACUCAGUUGCAGGCGGAGGUCGUGGCCCACUUAAAUCCACCCAGGGUAGGGAUGACACAACCCCACCCUUUGUCAUCCAACCAGUUCUCAUCGAGUGCUACCCAAAUGCCCACCAGGGCUUUUCAAGGGACAGAUCACUCCAGCGACCUGGCGUUUGAUUUUCUGAACCAGCAAGCGGAUAACAUUGGGCCCGCGCUCAACAGCGACCCGGACUUCAUUGAUUCUUUGUUGAAAACAGAGCCUAAUAAUGAUGAUUGGAUGAAAGACAUCAACCUUGAUGAGAUAUUAGGAGGCCAUUCCUGAGCCAGCUAGCAGUGAUGAACUCCCGGUGUUUGUUUUAAGACUGAAAAGUCAGGAUAUCAGUCUUCGGUUUGUAGAAGACAAAAGUUAGGGGAGGAAUGGGAGGAGGAGCAAAACAGUGGGCUGCUGGAUCCAACCUUAAAAAAUAUAUUAAUGCAACCAUGCUUAAACAUAGCUUGCCCCAUUAUCAAGUAUGCUAAAAAUGGUUAAGUCUGGAUCUGUAGCUUCCAAAUACAAUGGUUCUGAUUGAGAAGGGAAGUCGGAGAUAUGGCUGCUCAUCAUCUAGACAAAUCCUAAAUAUGUAAGCUAAUAUUUGCAUCUAUUACACAAAGGAGCGAACCAGGAAUAUGCACUGCAUCGAAAAUAUACCGCUGGCAUCCACUAAUGAUUUCUCAUGUGUAUCCGUGUGUAUGUGUGUACAAAUAGAAAUCUGGCUGGGAAAAAUAAACAGUAAACAAAAAACAACAACAACACCCAACUCAUCUUAGCAGAAGUCUUCCCUAACCUUGAAGGAUCUAGUAGGUUUGAUUAGAAUCCCUAUCGCUUUCAGUCAGUGGCAAUGAAACAUUGCAUCGUGAGAACUGUCAGUCAGGACAUCCGGAGUACAUCAAAAUUAUGGAUGCAGAUUAACACUUUGUAGAGGGAAUCCGUGUGGCAAGAAACAUAAGUUUAUUGAUAGAACCCAUAUAUGCGUAACAAACAUCCCAGGUUCCACCCUGUUUCCCUGAAAAUAAGCCCUCCCCAGAUAAUAAGUCCAAUCGGGCUUUUGAGCGCAU